ACAGCCACCCCUCCCGGUCGCACUCAGAGGCCACGGCCCUGCGCGCCCCUCGAGCACCCAGCCACGUGCGAGACGAGCGUGAGCUCGCACGAGCACCGCGCCCCGGUCGCACCCGGCAGUCUGCCGACGCUCAGCCGACGCCUUUCCGACGCUCAGCCGACUCCUGGUCCGACGCUCGGCCGACGCCGGCCCAAGAAGAUCUAGCAAACCGGUGGAUGGACUUUCUCUCCCGGCAGUAGUGGCCUCGGUCGUCGCUCUAAGGUGCUCGGUCCCGGUGGAGACCGCGGAGGAGCGUGCGCUCGGAGUGUGGACUUUGAUGCAGAAGAAGCAUGUCGCCGUCUCCUGACAACUGCUGAACAUGCUGGCCCCGGGUGGCCGGGCGGCCAGGGCCAUCCUGGUGAUCCUGGCGGCGGCGCUGCUCGGCCUGACAGGAGCGACCUACGACAGCCAGGGGCCGACCUUCACGCUGGAGCCGUCGGCGAGGGUCGACCUGACCAACGAGGGCGGCGCGGGCGUGGAGUGCUCGGGCAGGGGCAACCCCGCGCCCCGCGUGGAGUGGCGCCAGGGCGGCGGCCUGGGCGGGCAGGGCGAGCCCGGGGCCGCCGUGCGGACCGUGCCCGGGGUGCGCCACCUGCUCGACAACGGAUCGCUCGUCUUCCCGCCCUUCCAGGCCGCCGCCUUCCGCCAGGACAUCCACUGGGGCGUCUACCGCUGCGUGCUGAGCAACAGCGUCGGCGUCGUGGUCAGCAGGGACGUCGCCGUGCGUGCCGUGGUGAACCAGCACUACGAGCCGGAAGUACAGAGCCCCGGCGGCUUUCACGGAAACAACGUCCUCAUCCGCUGUUCCGUGCCGCCCUUCGUGAGGGAGCACGUCACGGUCACCUCUUGGCUGCAGGAGCCAUCCUUCAACAUCUACCCCUCCGCGGAGAGCCACGGCAAGUACCACAUGCUGCCCACGGGCGAGCUGCUCGUGCUCAACAUCACGGAGCAGGACGCCAGGCACUCCUUUCGCUGCCGCACCCACCACCGGCUCACCCAGCGCAACGUGCCCAGCGCCAACGCUGGCCGCAUCCAGCUCACCGACGCCCGGCGGCCCGUGGCGCCCAUCCUGCACGAGACGACCAGCACGCUGCCGGCGCGCCUGGAGGAGGCCGUGGUGGUGCCCUGCGUGGCGCACGCCAACCCGCCGCCCGUCUACAGGUGGUGGCGCCAGGGCCAGGAGAACUCGGUGGACGCGGGCGCCGCGGAGCGGUUCACGGUGCGCGACGGCACGCUGUCGUUCGCGUCGGUGCGCGAGUCGGACGCGGGCACGUACUACUGCAACGCGAGCAACAGCGAGGGCAGCGAGGUGCUGGAGCUGACGCUGCAGGUGUGGGCGCCGCUGGCCGUGCACGUCCUGCCCCCCAGGCAGACGGUGGACGUCGGCAAGAGCGCCGACCUGACGUGCCAGGUGGCGGGCUUCCCGCGCCAGCAGGUCACGUGGCUCAAGGACGGCCGCCCCAUCCGCGGGCUGGCCGGCCAGGACGACGGCGGCGGCGGCGUGGGCGUCGGCGGCGACCCCGGCGCCAGGAUCCGGCUGCUGGCCGCCGACCGGCUGCACAUCGCCGCCGUGACCAAGGAGGACCGCGGCAUGUACCAGUGCUUGGUGCGGAACGACCACGACAUGGCCCAGGGCGCGGCGGAGCUGCGCCUCGGAGACGCUGCCCCUACACUCCAGUACAAGUUCAUCGAGCAGACGAUGCAGCCCGGGCCCAGCGUGUCCCUCAAGUGCUCGGCCUCGGGCAACCCGACACCGCACAUGUCCUGGAAGCUCGACGGCUUCCCACUGCCUCCCAACGACAGGGUGAUGAUCGGCCAGUACGUGACGCUGUACGGUGACGUGGUCAGCCACGUCAACAUCAGCAACGUGAAGGCCGAGGACGGCGGCGAGUACGAGUGCGAGGCGGAGAGCCGCGCCGGCCUGGCCAAGCACCAGGCCCGGCUCAACAUCUACGGUCCGCCCUUCGUCCGGGCCAUGCCGGACAUCAUCGCCGUGGCCGGCAAGGCGCUGCACAUCAAGUGCCCCGUGGCGGGCUACCCCAUCGAGAGCGUGGUCUGGGAGAAGGACGGCGUGGUGCUGCCCAACAUCAUGCGGCAGCGCGUGGCCGCCAACACGCUCACCAUCGAGAACGUGCAGCACGCCAGCGACCAGGGCGCGUACACGUGCACGGCGCGCGCCAAGCACGCGCACGCCGCCAAGAGGACCGUCACCGUCAAAGUGCUGGUGCCACCCAAAAUCACCCCAAUCACUUUCCCGCGCGAUCUAAACGUAGGCGACCGCACCAGCGUGCAGUGUGUGGUGGUGAGCGGGGACCUACCCCUGUCGUUCGCCUGGCUCAAAGACGGCCACCCGGUCGGGGGCGCCGGCCACCACCACCACCCGGCCGCCGGGGCCGCCGGGGCCGGGGCCACCGCCGUCCCGGGCGACGUGUCGGUGCGGCAGAACGACGACUUUAGCAGCGCGCUGAGCAUCGGCGCGGUCGCCCUGGAGCACAGCGGCAAUUACACGUGCCGCGUGUCGAACCAGGCCGCCGUCGUGUCGCUCACGGCGCUGCUGCAGGUCAACGGUAAUGAGCGCGCACCUGGCGCAGCUCCACUCUCCCCGUACACUCUCUCUCCUGUUGCCUGCGCGCCUGAGGCAUGCGGGCCGAGCCAGCCGGGGGCGCAGCCGGGGGCACGGAACGGAAAUAUCGACUCAUUUAUUGUUCCAUGAGAAAUAGUUGUUGUUGUUGUUUGUUUUUUUUUCCUU